UUCUAAAAAAAAGAACGCGAAGCGCAUCUGGAGCCGAAGCCAGCGCGUGCUAGCGAGUUGCUGCGACCGGUGCUUUUGGUUGGCUGGGUAGCUAGGGUUCAGAGAUUUUUGGUCGCGGCGCGGCAGGAGGAGAGGCGGCGGCAUGGCGGCGGCGGAGGAGGAGAUAGCGGUGAAGGAGCCACUGGAUCUGAUACGGCUCAGCCUCGACGAGCGCAUCUACGUCAAGCUCCGAUCCGACCGCGAGCUCCGCGGCAAGCUCCAUGCAUACGAUCAACACUUGAACAUGAUACUUGGAGAUGUUGAGGAGGUCGUGACAACUGUUGAGAUAGAUGAUGAAACAUAUGAAGAAAUUGUGCGCACCACUAAACGCACUAUCCCCUUCCUUUUUGUCCGAGGUGAUGGUGUCAUAUUGGUUUCCCCACCCCUGCGAACUGCGUGAAGUUUGGAGUGCACCGUUACUGUUUUCUGAUAUAUUGAUAGGUUUAGCUUCCAUUAUCCAAAAAAUACAACCGUGUAACGACUGCUUGUGUUUGAAUUCUCUGUCGAAUUAAUCUCGUGGCUGUUCUCAGCUAACUCAACUCGCUUGCCAAAGCAUGCUCCAUGCAAAGAUUGGUGGUCUGUAUCACUACCUGAUCUUGAACUCAUAGGGUACCUGAUGUUGGAAGACCGUGAAAA